CGCCAUGUUGGGGGGUGCGCGCGGGGCCGCGCAGCGCGGAGCCGCCCCCGCCCGCCCGCAGCAGCACCCGCGGCCGCCCCGCCGCCCCUGACCGCCCGCCGCACGGACAUGGUGCCCUUCGCCACGCUGGACGGCGACCCGGAGCCCUGCCGCAAAAUGGAACUCUACGUCAGCGGCGGCGAGCUAAAUGGCCUUAAAAUGGCAGAUGAGCCCAUGGAAGAAGGUGAACCAUAUUCCUACCACGAUGAAGGAAGUGUGAAAGAAAUUCCUAUUACACAUCACGUGAAAGAAGGAUGUGAGAAAGCAGAUCCAGCACAGUUUGAACUACUCAAGGUCCUUGGACAGGGAUCGUUUGGAAAGGUCUUCCUUGUCCGGAAAAUAAUUGGUCCUGAUGCUGGGCAACUUUAUGCAAUGAAAGUAUUGAAAAAAGCCUCUUUGAAAGUUCGGGAUAGAGUUCGUACAAAAAUGGAGAGAGAUAUAUUAGUAGAAGUAAAUCAUCCAUUUAUCGUCAAACUGCACUAUGCCUUUCAGACUGAAGGGAAGCUAUAUUUAAUAUUGGAUUUUCUCAGGGGAGGAGAUGUAUUCACACGAUUAUCCAAAGAGGUUAUGUUUACAGAGGAAGAUGUGAAAUUCUACCUCGCAGAACUGGCCCUUGCUUUGGAUCACCUUCACAGCUUGGGAAUUGUGUACAGGGACCUGAAGCCAGAAAACAUUUUGCUUGAUGAAGCAGGACAUAUCAAGUUAACAGACUUUGGACUCAGCAAAGAAUCAGUAGAUCAAGAGAAGAAGGCCUAUUCUUUCUGUGGUACUGUAGAAUACAUGGCACCUGAAGUAGUAAACAGGCGAGGGCACAACCAGAGUGCUGACUGGUGGUCCUUUGGUGUUCUCAUGUUUGAAAUGCUUACUGGUACACUACCAUUUCAAGGUAAAGAUCGAAAUGAAACUAUGAAUAUGAUACUGAAAGCAAAACUUGGAAUGCCUCAGUUCCUCAGCCCUGAAGCACAAAGUCUACUGAGGAUGUUGUUUAAAAGGAACCCGUCAAAUAGAUUAGGAGCUGGUUCAGAUGGAGUUGAAGAAAUCAAGAGACAUCCUUUUUUUUCUACUGUUGACUGGAAUAAACUGUUCAGAAGAGAAAUUCAACCCCCUUUUAAACCUGCUUCUGGAAAGCCAGAAGAUACCUUUUGUUUUGAUCCAGAAUUCACAGCAAAAACACCAAAAGAUUCUCCGGGAGUCCCACCGAGUGCAAACGCGCAUCAGCUCUUCAAAGGAUUUAGUUUUGUUGCAACUACUACUGUAGAAGACCAUAAAAUAUCCCCCCUCACCAAUAUACUGCCAAUAGUACAGCAGCUUCACGGGAACAGCGCCCAGUUUACUGAUGUGUACGAGCUGAAGGAAGACAUCGGCGUUGGUUCCUACUCCGUGUGCAAGCGAUGUAUACACAUAGCUACAAAUAUGGAGUUUGCUGUUAAGAUAAUUGAUAAAAGUAAGAGGGAUCCCUCAGAAGAAAUUGAGAUCCUCAUGCGUUAUGGACAACACCCCAAUAUUAUUACUUUGAAGGAUGUAUAUGAUGAUGGUAGAUUCAUAUACCUUGUCACUGAACUGAUGAAAGGAGGAGAGCUGCUUGAUCGAAUUCUCAGACAGAAGUUCUUCUCAGAACGAGAGGCCAGCGCUGUUUUAUACACAAUAACAAAGACUGUGGACUACCUGCACUGCCAAGGAGUAGUGCAUCGAGACCUUAAACCUAGUAAUAUUUUAUAUAUGGAUGAUUCAAAUAAUGCUGAUUCUAUCAGGAUCUGUGAUUUUGGAUUUGCAAAACAACUUCGAGGAGAAAAUGGACUCCUUCUAACUCCGUGCUACACUGCGAAUUUUGUGGCACCAGAGGUUCUUAUGAGACAGGGGUAUGAUGCUGCUUGUGACAUCUGGAGCUUGGGUGUUCUUCUUUACACAAUGCUGGCAGGCUAUACUCCGUUUGCCAAUGGUCCUAAUGAUACUCCAGAGGAGAUCCUGGUACGGAUAGGCAGUGGAAAAUUCUCUUUAAGUGGAGGCAACUGGGACACUGUUUCAGAUGCAGCAAAGGACUUGCUAUCACAUAUGCUUCACGUAGAUCCACAUCAGCGGUAUACGGCAGAGCAAGUAUUGAAACAUUCGUGGAUAGCCUGUAGGGACCAGCUGCCACAUUAUCAACUGAACAGGCAAGAUGCACCACAUCUAGUAAAGGGAGCCAUGGCUGCUACAUAUUCUGCACUGAAUCACAAGACAUUUCAGCCAGUGUUAGAGCCUGUUGCAGCCUCAAGUUUAGCUCAGCGACGGAGCAUGAAAAAGCUGACAUCAACAGACUUAUAGAUCCACUGGGAUACCUUAGCAAACCGAAGCAAGGGGAAAAUCCAAUAAGUGGCUCUGUUUUGCCUGACCUGUGAUCAAAAGGCAUCUAUGGUUUCCUGCUACACUACUUGAAUUCUGUAAAAGUCCUUUUUUAAAAAGAAAAAAAAAAAAAACACAAAAACAACAAAUCCACAGGUUCAUACUGUGUUGUUUUACAGGCCAUAUCUGUUAAAUUAAUUUAAAAACCGGGUACACCAUAAUGAAUUUCUCUACACUGUCCUUUAAGAGAUCUGUUGCAAAUAUUAUUUCACAUUCUGUAUAGUUUUUGCUGAGUUCAUUCAGAAACUGGUUUAGGGGACCGUUGCCAGUGACCAAGUUGUACAGAAAGUGUCAGUGUGAGUUUACUUUUCUCCACACCUUUAGACCCAGUUGUGAGGGACAAAUUCUUCAUUUUGUAAUUAGGCACUUAAUGCAUUCAACUGAAUUCAUUUAACUUGUUCAUUACGGUUAUGAAAAGCUGACUUAUGUCGUGCCAGUGUUAAAUGCGUUAGUGUUAAUUUGGAAAGUCUGCAUUUGCAUGGUGCCAGUCUGAAAAUGCAAACAAGAGGGGAGUGUAAGAUUCUGCACUUUACCCUUAAACUUAAUUUGACCCAAAAGAAACGCUGAUUAACACAUGGCUUCUUGCGAGAAAAAGAAUGUUUCUAGUUGUUACCACAAAGAGUGUUGUGUCCUGCACUGAGCUGGAGAAAGUGAGUGUCUAAACUGUCAAAAUUAAGUAUCUAAGUAACAUUGGUAUCACUUUAAGACAACAUUAUGCAGUCCAAAAUGGUUUUUUAUUUAUAUUGUCCAUCCAUUUGUAUAAUGACUGUGUUACUGUUUCCUUGGCAGUCAUUUCCACUGAAUAUACCCAAUCUUAGGUUUGUUUGACAUAUAAGACAAACUGACACUUUUAUAACAAACUUGGCAUGUGGAUUUUAGUUUUUAUUUAUUUGAUUUUUUAUAGAAUGUUGCUUCUAUCUAAUUCUUUUGCCACAUUUACAAAUAUUACAGAACAUAAAUGCAAAAUUCUGUUUUCCUAACGGUAGGGGUAGCUUGGGAAAAUAAAUAAAUACACCUUGCAGUGAGCCCACAUAAGGGAAUUCUGACUAGGAAAUUUCAGAGUUUUGGACAAGUUCCUGACAAUACUCUGUCAACAGCACCCAGUCGCCCUCUCUGUCUUCUUGGUAGGACUUCAGCUACUUCUGCAUGCUGUGGUGGAGAGGGAAUUAGUUUCAGGGCCAGAAUUGUCCUGGGUUUUUCUGAUUCAAAACUGGCAGUAGCUGCUAGUAGACUGCGAACUAACACGUUCAGAGAUGAUGAGCUUAAAAGUUGUAGACACUACUACACAGUUGUACUGUCGUAGUAGGAUGUGAAGCGUUUUAAAAUGUUUUAGUGAUGAGCAGUUAGGCUGUGAAAAGUUAAGAGAAUUCAAGUAACGGAAGUGGAAUGUGGUUCAGACUGAUUUGCCAUCACUGAAUUCCGUUUCGCAUACCUUUGGCUGCCCAGCACAAGAAACCAGAGACUGCAGAGCUCGGCGUUUUGAGACAGGAAAAUAAACUUGCAGGAGAAUUCUGGCCCAGCUGCCAAGAGUGGCAGAGGUGACUCGGAUCUGAAAGGGCAGAGGGCGCUGGCUGGGUUUUGCUUAUACCUGUGAAGGACUUGGUGGCAUUGAAAGUGCUGUUAGAUAAGCUGCUUUCUUUUAUUGUGGUGAGGGAAGAUGGAAAUGAUCUGGCCAAAUAGUUAGGUAUGGAUAUAUGUAGAUUUGAGACUUAAUGAAUAUAGCAAACAUAGGUGUGCGAUUUGUAUCACGCAGAACAUACCCCAUACUAAAUUUCUUGAGUGUUUGGUAGAUGCUGGAAGCUGUAGGGGCCAUUUGUGCCUAGUUUUGAGGUGCCUGUUCGAAAUGCUUGAAAGCUGAUCAAAGAGUACAACUGCUUCCUGGAAAGCUUAUUGUUUAGUACAAAAUCUGCCCCUUAUGCAGCUGUUUCAUCCUUCUUUUCUUCAUUGAAGACCUCUGCCAGUGAGAAUGUCUGUAAACCUCGUCUAUGGUUUAUCAGUAUAAUUUAAUGUAAAUUUACAGGUGACUGCCAGAAGAAUUUGAAUUCACUCUGAGAAGCAAACGGUGGGAAUAAAGCCACCCUUUAGCCCAAGGUCAAGGCAUAAUGUGGGUUGAAAUAUACCAGUAAAAGCUGUGUUGGGGAUAGUGGGUAAUGCAAGGCAUGAAAUACAACUAAAAUGUCAAACUUGAAUUGUCUUUAGCUUUCCCGAAAGGUAGCAGCUGGUCUUUAAUGGUUUAAUUCAUGAAUCAUUUAACAGUGUUGAUAUUGGUAUUUUCUUUUAGCUUGCUUAGAAGCACCACAUUAUAAGCACCUUAAAAGCAUUUUGCACAAAAGCAGUUGUGAGCCACUGAAGGUACUUCAGUUCUUCUCCGUGUGCAAAACAAAGGUGGUGAGAGGAAAAGUACAUGAACAAGGUGGAUAUUCUGAUUCUUAGCAAAGAAUUUAAAAACAUCUAUAACGUUAUCCCUGCUUUUUUUAUAUCAUUACUGAUUUUUAGUGCAAGCAUAACUCCUGGGCUAAAAGCACAGUUUCAGCAACUGCAACAUUACAAAGUUGCCUUAUCACAAGGAAAAGGUGCACAACCACCUUUGUUGUAUCUGUGUCCUGGUUUGCCAGUUACAACCUUUCGUUUGGGAAGAAAGUUCACUUGCUGUGAAUAUUUCAGCAUAUCAGUCUUAAAUAUUUUGGAUAUACAGGGAUACAAAAGAGCUCACUUGCAGUUUACUCUUGCCAUGUGGUAUUAAAUGAUCACCUUUAUGAUAUUUUGGGGGGGAAUUUCUUGCAUAGUUGUCAAUCUUUUCUCAAAUUUAGGUUUUGUUCAAUUACAACACUUUUUGUUCAUAUACUAAAAAGUAGCAUGAUCUGCUCAUGAGUAACGAGUUAAAUGUUUGAUAUGGAAGAACACUGAACUUGCUGUUGGCUGGAGUGAAAGAUUGGCUUAACUUGUUUCACUUCCUUAUGGUCUUCACACAGUUCAAGGUUUCCAACUAGUUACAAGUUUAGUAUCUUACUGAUUUUUUAAAAAAGCAGGAGUGAAUUUUUUUACAAAGGCUCAUAAUUACAAAGAAAUAGAUCUGUCUUUUAAGUAUUUAGAGGAAUUUCAAGUGAAGUAAGUAAUAUCUUAAAUGAUCUCGAUGGUUUGGAUAUGGCGUCUGCUGCUGCCAGCAAAAUAGUUUCUAAUCCAAUGUUUGGCAAUGGCAGUUACAAAUAAGUGCUAGUUCUUAAGUGUGCACAGAGCCUGAUGCGCUUCUUCCUAAAGAGCAUCAGCUGGAGCUCCUCCAGGCCCCUGAUGUGCUUGACUUUUUGUUUACCCCUCAGGUAUCACAAUCGCUAUCUUCAGUUAUCCUUGUGAUCAAAAGUGAGGAACUCUGUUGUAUUCCUGUUACGUAUCCAAAAACAGUGGCAUCGGUAUCAGCCAGUGAUGUGGAGUGCAGAGGGCCCGUUCCUGAGAGCAUUACUGCGGGUGAAUCACUUAAGCUGCUGUUUCAUGGCUUGUGCGGUCUCACUGCCGUCAUUAGCAUGCUGAGUAUUUUUCCCAUUCUGCUCAAAACUGGUAAAUUCUCUGGCCACAUGAAGAGCCUAACAUGGAGUUGGUCUCGGUGCACUGUCCUGUAUUGUAGGAUAGUUUAAAUGUUCUCCUUGUGUUCAGAGAAGGCAUCCAAAACCUCACCCAAGUCAGUAAUAAUGAGCUUGAAUUCCGUCUUCCAUGUAUUAGUUCAUUGUCCAAAGCUAGUGUUCGUAUGUCCAAUGGUUACCAUCACCUCCAGCAAGCUUCAGCACCCGGCAGUUACUUGUGAUACACUUACAAACUGCUCAUUAUAGGUGACUGAAUGCUGUGUCCAUAUUGCUCUCGACCCUCAAAGGUUAAAUUAAAAAGUUGAGAUAAUUCAUAAGAAUUGAGUUUAAUGAAUUAUGCCACACUGUAGUAGUUAUCCUGCUUUGUGUCAAUGAAAUUAGGCUAAAACAUAAAUGCAAACAUGGGGUUUUGUGUACUUCUGCAGCACUUGAUUCUGGAUAGGACUGAAAAACGUGUGCAAAUAUUUGUAGGAGAGAAAGGAGGAGCAGGUUUUGCUUUGUGUCAAAGUCUUCAGAAGGCUUCUGAAGCCAAUGGGGUCCUGAUGUGAUCCUAUGGGAGCUCGGUGCGAUCCAAAACAAUAGAGAAUUUCUCUAUUUAUCCAGUCCUUCCUUGGGGGUGUGUUGGUACCUGGUGGUAACGCGCCUACGCUGUCAUUCAGACCGUACGGUCCAUCUGCAGUAACACCCUUUAGCAGAGCACACCCUGAGUACAGUUAGUCCCUACUUCAGUGUAGUUUUAAAAGGUUUACUCCUCCAAAUCAUGUUGUUGUUGGUAAGGCUACAUUUUCCUUUGGGAACAGAGGAAUAGAUACAAAUGUUCUAAAAAUCCUCACCCUUGGUGUAGAGCUAACUGGACCUGAGUAUUAUAAUAACUUCUGUAAUUAGAAGUCCCCCCAAAAAUAAUCAGCGACUGGUUUUCCUGUUGUUUUCCCUUUGUAGUGAAAGCAAACUUGCUUUGAAAGCUUUAAAAGAUAUUUAAUUGAUUCCGUCUCUUAAUAAUUUAAGAUUUGGGCAAUAGCUUAUUACCAAUAAUGAGUUUGAAUAAUAUUGAAUCCUGUUUUGAGGGGGUUUUUAAUGUAAGAACUGAAAAGAUGCUUGAGGCGGAUCUCCUUUGCAGGGCAAAGCAUUCCUGUCUCUGUGUUGCGCAUAAGGCUUACGAGCAGUGUUUGCAAAGUGAUUGUGUUGUAAUAUCCCAAGCACUUUGGCAUCUUGCACUGAUCCUCUGAUUGGAGCUGAAACUCUCCUGGCACCUGACCGGCUAUGAAUCUCAGUGUACGAAAGGGCAUUAAUUGAAAACAGUGUGCAAUGAAUUCCAUGCUCUCUGAGGUACUUCAAAGAUGAGAAUCUACAAAAGGUCCCCGUUAUCAGAUACUAUAACUGUCAUUUCUUUCUCUAAGCCUAUUGUGGAUUUUGUAUCAUAUUGUAUUUAUUUCAUUUAAUUUUAAAAAAAAAACAACAAAUGUUUUCUUUAAAGCUCUGUAUAUAUUGACAUUAAAGUUUGCAUUGUACUACGUUCUCUUCUCCUUGUAAGGCUGAAUCUGGUAGUGCAUUGUAUGGUGUGUUGUUUUUCUUUGCACUGUGCUGCUAAAAGAGACUUAAUGCCUUGAAUUACGACAUGCCAAAGACAACCUCAGAAUUGUAUUUAUUUUUGUUAAACUUUGUGAAUAACGAUAAAGGUACGGUUUAAAUAGCUGGCAGUUCCUUGAGUACUAGAAUAAAAAGGUUGCAAAUUCAUAAUAUUUUAUAAUUGACCAAAAUCCAUCAUUUAUGAUUUGGAAGUUCACCAACUCCUUUUUUUUUUUUUUUUAAUUGAUAUAAAAACCAGUGAGCAAACAUUCCUAAAUUAAAUGUACUGUGAAUUGCAUUAUUUGGUAAGCCUUGCCAAAAAUUUCACAUCCAUCAAGAGCUGUUGAUAAACUUAUCCUCACAGUCGAGUGUUUCAUGCCACACUUUCAAUAAAACAUGCGUUCACUGAUAGGGUCGAUGUAUUGUUUCAGGGUGGGAUGAUCUACUUUUUGGAUGGCUUUAGGUACCUGUUCAGAUUUGACUUUAUAAAUUGGGAGGAAAUAACUUUCCUGCUUUGAAAAUACAGGCUGUUACAUGAGGAAUGAAAGCAAUCCCAUUAAACGGCGACCCGCAUGCUGGUUGGAGCUAGGCAUGUGCCAGGUGAGCUGUGAUAGAUGCCCCUGCCUCCUGACACCGCUUUGUCUUUGGAUUAAGCGGAUAAAGUGCUGCGGGUUAUUGAGUUCUUCUCUAUCUGAACUGUUAAUGUGAAGCCAAGUGUCGCUGGUGUCCCCGCUGUGAGGUGGUAGGCCAGCUCAACCUGAUGACCCCCAGCACUGGACAAGAAUAUGAGAUUUUGCAUUGAUAUAUUAAGUUGUUUUAAAAAUACUUCUAAGGUGUUUGGUAAC